AUGGAAAACCCAYCCAAGCUCUGUGCAGAGGAAUUCCYUCCUACCUYGCUUAUCCAGCUCCUGCCUUGGGGAGUUAAUCACUUGAAAGCCCAAGUGUUCUUUCAUUUCUUUUCCUGGCAUCAACAGGUGGAAGUAAAGAAAAAAGUCUCCAUUGGUGGAGGCUACCAAAUUAUGACCAUCAAUAGAAAAUGGCUCGUGGCAAGUAUUGAACAAAAGACCAACCGUGGCUCCUGGAAAASCAUCUGGAACUAUGACACGGGCUUUAUGGCAACCAAAGUGCUGCCCGAGAGAGCUUGCUACAUUUCCAUAAUGAACAGAACAGAGAUGCCCAGCUUUGAUGCACUUCCCCAGCUGGCUGCAGACAGCAGGAACCAGCAUCAUCAAAGACCSCCUACAAAGGAGAUCACAUUCACCCUCGUCAAGAGAACAAUUCGUGACCUUGAAUCAUAUGGACCAGACACCUUCUCUACAUGCAUAGGACUCAUCACCUACGUGGCUUACGAAGUUCACGGACCACAAUUCGAUCUCAGAUCAUGUACCAGACUUGAUGUCCUUCAGUAUUUGUCCCUCGUGUACUGUCAUAACAGUAACUACGUGUGA